AGUCUAAAGAAAAUACAGGAUAAAAAAAUAUUGAAGGAAGUGACAAAUGAGGAAUAAAGAGAAUGGAUUUUGAAGAUAAAGAAAAAGAAUUUGAGGAGCGUUAUAAAAGGAUCUGUGGAAAGAACAGGCUGUCUUCUAAAUAUGAGUCUCAAAAAGAAGAAAAAACAGAUAAGGGAAAGACUUGCUCGAAAGAGAAGGAAGAAAUGGAAAAGGAAUUAAAUGCCACAAAAUGUGAUUUAGCUAGCCUUCAAAGGAGUCUGGGCGGCGAUAGAAAUAUUCACACAUCACAGUUUAACGAUGCCGCCAAAGAUGUUCCAAAAGAAUGUUCCUCUUUCUUUGAGUUUAAAUUUCAGAAGCGUAAUUCUGCACAAUUUGAGAAGUAUUCCAAAGAAAAAAAUGAAUUGGAGGUACAGUUGGAGGAUAGAAAGAAGGAGGUCAAAGUGAAAGAAAGGGAGAUAUUUGAAUUAAAGGAAAAAAUAAAAAGAUUAGAAGCAUUCAGCAAGGAGAGGGAUAUACUUGAAAAGGAAUUGAUUUCAACAAAAGCAGAAUUAACUGGGAUAAAAAGGACAUUAGAGCUAGAACGGCAAGAAAGAAGAGAUUUGGAGACUAGAGCCCUCGGUUUAAUAAAAGAUGCUAAACGUAAAUGGGAAAAUGCAGAAAAGGAUAAAAUUGCACAGUUAAAUAAACAUAUUGAAGCACAGACUGUAAGAAUUACAGAAUUAUGUACUAGCAAUAAUGAGAUGAGUUCCAGAUUACAGAGGACUGAAUGUGAACUGGAAACUGCAAAUGCAGAAUUGCAUAAACUUAGAGUGUUCCAGAUGCAAUAUAAAGAAUCACUGGCCAAAACAAGAGAACUAAAUCGACAAAGUGCUCAAGGAGUUGAAACGAAAUUAAAGGAAAUAGCUGCAAGAGCACACAAUCAGUUAGCUGAACUUAGAUCUAAGUUAGAUUUAGAAACAGCAAAAAACAGUGACUUGGAAUCUAAACUGCGAAAUGAACAAGAUUCUAAUCACUGUCGCCAGUCACGACUAAAUGUAGCUUUAGAAUUAGCGCAGAAUGAAUUAAUGGACUGUCAGGAACAGUUACGCAGUAUACAAGCUACAAUACCUGCCAGAGAUGCUGAAAUAGAAGCUUUGAAAAAACAAUUACAAGAAAGAUCAAAGCAAUUAGAUAAUGUUAUGGCAUCAGAACAGGUGGUUGCAACAAUGCAAGAGCAGUUGGAACGAUCAAGACUCGAGAAUGAACAAUUGAAACAACAAUUACAGGCAAUGAAGUCUGACUUAAGUGAAACCAUGAUGAAUUUGGAACAAAAUGAAGCUCUUGCCUUAAAUUUAGAACAAGCUACUCAAGACAAAGCUGCAUUACAAAAACGACUACAGGAUUCUCUUGAAAAAGAAGAGGAACAUUUACGUAAAGUCGGCAAUUUAGAAGAAUUGUUACGACGCUUGGAACAAAGCGUUACUAAACUAGAAUCAGAGAAUGCUAAUCUUAAAAUGGAAAAUGUACAGCCAAGUACCAGUAUGGUACGAAAAACGGAUACAAUAAAAGCUGAUAUUCUACUGGAAGAACAAAUACAUAAAUUAGAACAGGAACUUCGAACAGCGAGAGAACACUUAAAUACAGAACGUCAGACUGCAAAGCAAGCUCAGAUUAAUUUAUGGAAGAAAGAAAAAGAAUUAUCAGAUGCAAAUUUGGAUAAGAGAAUUGCAAUAAGAGCAAGUAAAAAGGCAGAAGAGAAAAUUGAAACAUUACAAGAAGAGAAACAAAGAUUAUCAGAGAGAUUAGAUAAUAAAAUAAAAGAAGAAGAUGAGAAAUCUAAAAAGUUACUUAAAGAAUUAGAUAGUGCAAAAGCAUCUUUAAAUGACAUAACCAAGGAAUCUUCUAGAAACAAAAUGCAAGCUGAUUCUGCUCAACGAGCUUUAACUCAAGCUAAUCAUCAAAUAGAAGAGCUUCAGUCAUCAAGUGCUUCGUUGCGCAGAGAACUGGACGCUGCUCGAAAGCAGGCAAGGGCAAGUCAAGAGAGAGUUGAUAGUUUAAACGCUGAGAACAAACGUUUGUCACAAUUAAUUGCAAAACAUAACGAAGAAAAGAGCGAAUUGGAAUCUAAAAUAGAAAAACUAGAGCAAGAAAUCAAAGGUUACGAAUUGAAUACUGAACUUCUUAAAGAAACGUGUACAGUACUUGAAGAGCAGUUGACCGAUUACGAGAGAUUAACGAGCGAUCAUGAAACACGGGAAAAUAUACUGAUUCAAGAUAAAAUGAAAUUACAAAAAGAUCUAGAAGCGACUGAAGGUAAACUUCGCGAAGCAUGUGCCGCACAAAACGAAGAGAGAUCCCUGAGAUUAGCUGCUGAACGUAACAUUGAAAGACUAGAAUCGGAAACGAGCGACAUAGAAUGCGAAAAGAACGGUUUACUUGCGCAGAGAGACCAAUAUAAGAAACUUGUACAAGAAUUAAGUGCACAGGUUGAUGAACUAUCAGCCAAGUGUAGUGAAUUAGAAUACGAAUUCUCUGAAACGAAACGUAACUUAGAAAUGACUAAAGCUGAAACGAGGGUCGUCAAAGAAGAAAGCAGUCAGCAUUUGACAAGAGUGCACGAAUUGAAAGAAGCGAAUACAAUGCUCAUGAACGAUUUGCAAAGCAGUGUAGAUCAAGGACAGGAACUUCGGAUGAGAAUUUCAGAGCUGGAAAGCAUCUUGGAAGAAAUGCGACAGUUCUACCAGGAAAGGGAAGUUAAAGCCGAAAGCACAAGGCAACAGCAAACGAAACUAAUUGAUUAUCUACAAUUUAAAUUAGAGGAAUGUAGUAAAAAGAAGAAAACUGUAUGUGAUAAAAUACUUGGUACUAAACAAAAAGAAAAUGUCCCUCCAAGCGGUACUGGGAUGCCCGUUGGCUAUCGUGAAUUAGAGAAUCAGCUAGCUAAAGAACGUGCUAAAGUUAAAACGUUAACCGAUCAAUUAUUGGCACUUAGAGCUAUUAGGCAAUUAGUAUCGUGUAAACCCGGGGAGGAGGUGGUGAUCACAGGUAUCGCCGGUCGAUUCCCGGAAUGUAACAAUGUGAUGGAACUGAAGACGAACUUACUGAACAAGAAGGACCUGAUCACGGAGAAUUAUUCCAGAUGGAGGCUAGAUCAUGCAGAGAUCCCACGGGAUGGUGGUAAACUGACUGGUUUGUCUAAGUUUGAUGCGAUCUUCUUCGGUGUCCAUUAUAAGCAAGCUCAUACGUUGGACCCCAUGUGCAGGAUGCUGCUGGAGCACAGUUAUGAAGCACUCAUUGAUGCAGGGAUCAAUCCCAGACAGCUUAGAGGAACCAACACUGCUGUUGUUAUAGGCUCUUGCAUCAGUGAGUCAGAGAAGACGUGGUUUUAUGAGAAAUUGCAAGCAAAUGGCUUUGGUAUCACCGGUUGCAGCAGAGCCAUGUUGGCCAACCGGAUCUCCUACUUCCUAGGAUUACACGGUCCAUCUUAUGCGAUAGACACAGCCUGUAGUUCCAGCUUAUUCGCGUUGGAUCAUGCCUACAGAAUGAUACGAACUGGAAUCUGCGAUACGGUGAUCAUCGGUGGCUCUAAUCUAUGUCUUCAUCCCUAUGUGUCGUUGCAAUUCGCUCGUUUAGGUGUACUGUCCAGCGACUGUCGUUGCAAGUCCUUCGACGCCAGAGCCAAUGGCUACGUCCGCAGCGAGGCAGUCAGUGUUAUAGUAUUGCAGAAAGCGAAAAAUGCUAAAAGGAUUUACGCCCAGGUCGUUUACACUAAGACAAAUUGCGAUGGUUACAAGGAACAGGGUAUCACGUUCCCUGCCAGCGAAGUGCAAAAGAUGCUUCUGAGAGACUUCUACAAUGAGUGUAAGAUCCCUCCAACGAUUCUCUCCUAUUUGGAAGCUCAUGGUACUGGGACAAGCGUAGGUGAUCCUGAAGAACUGAAUGCCAUCAACAGUAUCUUCUGUCAAGGAAGAAAAACACCCCUUAAAAUGGGUUCUGUUAAGUCUAACAUGGGACACACUGAGCCUGCCAGUGGUAUCUGUUCAGUCGCCAAGAUCAUCAUCGCAAUGGAGACUGGCUUGAUCCCUCCAAACUUACACUUUAAGAGCCCCAUGAAGGGUAUAAAGUGCUUAGAGGAAGGAAAGGUCCAAGUGGUCACAGACCCAACACCAUGGGAAGGUGGCUACGCGGGAAUAAACUCGUUUGGUUUUGGUGGUGCGAACGCCCAUGUCCUACUCAAGUCCUAUGCCAAAGAGAAGGUUAACAAUGGAGCACCUUCUGAUAAUUUACCUAGAUUGGUAGUUGCAUCUGGACGCACUGAGGAGGCGAUGAACACUCUCCUAAACUAUGUGGAAAGUAUACCUGUAGACGUGGAGUAUAUUAGACUUCUCCAUGAAGUAUAUGCUGAGAAUAUAACUGGUCACAUGUUCAGAGGAUACACAGUAGUAGGCUCUAAGAUAUCUGAUAAACCACCAAGAGAAAUUCAAGAAUAUUCUGGCUUGAAGAGACCCGUUUGGUUCGUAUUUUCUGGAAUGGGAUCUCAGUGGCCUGGCAUGGGUGAAGCACUGAUGAGGUUCCCCAUCUUUGCUCAAGCCAUUAAAAAAUGUGAUGCAGCUUUGAGACCACAUGGCGUCGACAUUGUAGACAUCAUCACAAACAAGGAUAGAAAAACAUUUGAUAAUAUCCUGAACUCCUUUAUUGGAAUUGCUGCAAUUCAAAUUGGUCUCGUUGAUUUGUUAACCGCCGUGGGUAUAGUUCCGGACAACAUAAUCGGUCACUCUGUCGGGGAACUUGGUUGUGCUUAUGCCGAUGGAUGCUUCACUGCUGAGCAAAUGAUACUUUCAGCGUAUUCUAGAGGUUUGGCAUCCAUAGAGACAAAAAUGAUUCGAGGAUCUAUGGCGGCAAUUGGUCUUGGAUACGAGGACAUAAAAGAUAUGUGUCCACCGGAUAUUGAAGUGGCAUGCCACAAUGGCCCUGAUAGCUCCACCAUAAGUGGUCCCGUUGAAUCCAUGAAGGAGUUUGUUGCCAAGUUACAGGCCAAUAAGAUCUUUGCAAAGGAAGUACCAUGCAGCAACAUCGCCUACCAUAGUCGUUACAUAGCUGAAGCAGGACCAAAAUUGUUGGCCUACUUGAGAAAAGUGAUACCAGAAGCCAGACCACGAAGCUCCAAAUGGCUGAGCACCUCUGUGCCACGUAAUCAAUGGUCAUCACCAGCUGCCAAAUACUCCUCAGCCGAGUAUCACACCAAUAAUUUAUUGAACUCUGUGUUAUUCGCGGAAACCGCGAGCAUGAUACCAGCUGAUGCGAUAACCAUAGAGAUAGCGCCUCAUGGUCUCUUACAAGCGAUUCUGAAGAGGUCCUUAGACCCUAAUGUGACCAAUGUACCCCUAACCCAACGUGGCCACAAAGACAAUGCCGAGUUCUUCUUGCAAGCUCUUGGGAAGGUUUAUAAUUGCGGAUUGCAGCCGCAGCUUGCAAACAUUUACCCACACGUUGAGUUUCCUGUCAGCCGUGGGACACCCAUGAUCUCUCCUCACAUAAGGUGGGAACAUUCCGAGGACUGGUUCGUACCAGUCUAUUCGCAACGUCAGAGAAUAACCACAUCGGAACGAACAGUUGAAAUAGCUCUUAAAGAUGAGAACUACGAAUACAUGAUGCACCACGUAAUCGACGGGAGAAAUCUAGUUCCAGCUACAGGAUAUCUAAUCUUAGUCUGGGAAACAAUUAGUUUACUGGAAGGAAAGUUGUACGAUGAGGUGCCAGUUGUGUUUGAGAACAUCAAAUUUGAACGUGCAACCACCAUCUCAGCGGAUGGUAGCGUUCAAUUAACAAUAAUGGUUCAAAAAGGUUCUGGAAAGUUCGAGAUCUCUGAAGGCUCCUCGACAGUAGUAUCAGGAACAAUUCGUAAAUUGACGAAUCCAUCGCAAGAAAAGAUCGCGCCGCUGUUCUUAACAGAGAUCGACGACGAGGAGGCCUUGACCGAGAAAGAUAUCUACAAAGAACUGAAACUCCGUGGGUAUGACUACACUGGGCUGUUCCGUGCCCUGAAGAGUGCUUCGAUCAAGGGAACAAGAGGACGUAUCGCUUGGAUGAAGAACUGGGCUACUUUUAUGGACAACAUGUUACAAAUCAAAUUGUUGGGCAUCGAUACCAGAACUCUAUACGUACCCACAGCGAUACAGAAGCUGGUGAUAGACGUGAAAUUGCACAAUGAUAAAAUUCGUUGCUUCACUGACGAUGCUAAUGAAUUCUCAGUUCAGGUGUACAACGACUACGACGCGGUAAUAUCUGGUGGUAUAGAGAUACGAGGAUUGAAAGCCAACGCUAUUCAAAGACGUAAGCUGAUGUCGGUUCCAGUUUUGGAGGAAUACAAGUUCGUGCCCAACCGCGACAAAGCACAGACCUCCCUGGAGGAGAUGAUCGUUCUAUCAACUCAUCUUGCUUUAGAUAGUAACAUAAUACCCAAUGCAAAGAUCAUGGAACUAGUUAAUCAUGAUGACGAUAUACCCGACGAGGAAGUUUUGGCUCCUGUCUUCGUAAAAGUGUUAGGAGAUUUACCAAUGUUUCGUCUAAAUAUGGUUUUGGCUGCAGAAUCAAAAAGAUGUGAGAAAAUAUCACUAUCUGAGAAUGUUACUAUCAUAGAACCGAACAAAUUGCCAGAAGACGGUAGCAUCUUCAUGGCAGCUGCCUAUAACAUCUUCUCAAAAAAGAGACACGAUAUUCUCGAGCAACUUUUGCUCGCGAUCACAGACUAUGGUUUCAUUCUAAUUCGAGAAACUAUGAUCAACAACAACGCUUAUUUGUAUCUGCAGAGGUGUGGGCUGAACAUUGUACUGGAGAAGAGUCUCAACAAUGAGACACUCUUGUUACUGAAGAAACAGGAGAAGCCCCCUCAGAGGACAGAAGUCGUGUAUGUGAACAACAAUGAAUUUAGCUGGCUGGAGAAAGUGAAGGAGACCUUGAAGAAUUAUGAGAAACGAGAGAACAAUGAGACGGUGAGAUUAGUCUUAGUAGCAGAGGGUGACCUGGAAAACGGUGCCUUGGGCUUGAUCAAGUGCUUGAGAAGAGAGCCCAACGGUGAAAUUGCAAAGGCAGUAAUAAUUCAAGAUAAGAAUGCUCCAAAGUUUUCAUUGAACGAUCCAUUUUAUGCCAAACAGCUUGAUAUUGACAUUGCUAUAAACAUUUUGAGACCAGGCAAGAUCUGGGGCACGUACAGGCACGUACCUUAUCCUCCAUUGAACCCAAUUCCAGUUUUUCAUGGCUAUGCCAACUUAAAAGUAAGAGGCGACUUGAAUUCUAUCCAAUGGAUGCAAGGUGCGAUCCAACCGGAUGACAAGAAUCUUGUGAAGGUGGUGUACUCAUCUCUGAACUUCAGAGACGUGAUGUUGGCUACUGGUAAACUAAUGCCAGAGGCCAUCACGAAAGACAGACUGAUGAGGGAUUGUCUGAUUGGAUUCGAGUUCAGUGGGAUAGACUCAAAUGGACGUCGAGUGAUGGGAUUCGUCGACAGCAGGGCAAUCACCAACCUUGUUACUCCUGGGAAGUUCAAUGUCUGGCCAGUGCCAGAUGAAUGGUCACUGGAGGAUGCAGCAACUGUUCCAAGCGCCUAUUUCACAGUCUUCUAUGCGUUUUUCCAUUUUGGAAAGUUGAGAAAAGACGAAAAAGUGUUGAUCCACAGUGGUAGUGGCGCAGUGGGUCAAGCUGCCAUCAACAUCGCUCUCGCCGAAGGAUGCGAAGUCUUCACCACGGUGGGAACACCUGAAAAACGUAAAUUCAUCAGAGAAACGUUCCCCAGUAUCGAUGAUGACCAUAUUGGCAACUCUCGAGACACAAGUUUCGAACAGAUGGUGAUGAAACAGACGAAUGGCAAAGGAGUAGACAUUGUUUUGAAUUCCUUAUCCGAAGACAAGCUUCUGGCAUCGGUUAGAUGUUUGUGUUACCGAGGUCGUUUUCUAGAAAUUGGCAAAUUCGAUCUGGCUUCUAACAAUCCACUGGGAAUGGAGAUAUUCUUAAAGGAAAUUAGCUUCCAUGGGAUCAUGCUGGAUAGCAUGAUCAAUGGUGUUAUACCUAAACUACAAGAGGAGCUGCAUCAUUUUGUUAACACUUACCUAUACUCCAAGGCUGUCAAGCCUUUGAUCAGAAAAUGCUUUGAGAGACAUCAAGUAGAAGACGCAUUCAGGUACAUGGCAGCUGGAAAACAUAUUGGAAAGAUUUUAAUCAAAGUGGGGGAUGAAAAGGAACCCUUGAACACCCCAAUAUCCGCUUACCCGCGAUUCAACGCAUCACCAAACAAGAGUUAUGUAAUCGUGGGAGGAUUAGGUGGAUUGGGUCUAGAAGUAGCUGAUUGGUUAGUUGUACGUGGGGCUAUGAAUCUAGUAAUAGUAUCACGCGGUGGUAUUAAGAACGGCUACCAAAGAAUGAGGACAGAAACAUGGAAAUCGUAUGGAGUGAAGGUUCUAAUAAUCUCUGGUGUGGAUCUUUCAAAAACGAACGACUGCGAGUUUACCCUGAGGUCAGCAGAGAAACAGGCACCAGUGGAUGGCAUCUUCAACCUUGCAGCUAUAUUGAAAGAUUGUCUAAUCGUAAACCAGACUGAGACGAACUUUGAAGAGAGCAUGAAGCCAAAGGCUGGAAUUACUAAGAAACUGGAUGAGGUCUCCAGGAAGAUUUGUCCAAAGCUUCGCCACUUUGUGGUAUUUUCUUCCCUUUCUUGUGGAAGAGGAAUGAAUGGACAGGCAAAUUAUGGUAUGGGUAACUCUGUGUCAGAGAGGAUUUGCGAGAAGAGGGUAGAGGAAGGUCUGCCAGGCAUGGCUAUUGAAUGGGGAGUCAUAGGAGAAGUUGGUCUAGCUGCAGAUAUGUGGGAAAACAAACAGGAGCUCAUAAUUGGUGGGACGUUACAACAGAAGGUGUCCUCGUGUUUGGUGGAAUUGGAUAAAUUUUUAUCGCAGAGCAGACCUAUUGUGGCUAGCAUGGUAGUUGCAGAGAAACGUCCUAGUGCCAGUGAGGCUAGUAACGUUCUAGAAGCAGUGAUGAAUAUCAUGAGUAUAAAGGACCUGAAGACAGUGAGUCAGAGCUCUUCCUUAUCUGAACUUGGAAUGGAUUCUAUGAUGGCUGUGGAAAUCAAACAGACCCUGGAACGAGAUUUUGAAGUAUUCCUAACUGCACAAGAUAUUCGAGUACUGAAUAUAGCUAAACUCGUCGAGAUGUCUGCCAAAGACACAAAGAAACAGAAGAAACAGGUCACAAAAUCUGUCGUUAAAACGGAACACUUAAAUGGUAUGAGGCUACUGAUGAAGACAUUGAAUGUGUCUAUAUUAAAUACUGAACCCUGCGUCGAACUUCCCAUUAAAUGUGGAGAAAAGAAGAACGAAAUAUUCCUUAUACCGGGUAUCGAAGGAUCUGCUUCUAUUUUCUACCCAUUGACACCAUUUUUGAAGUUCCCAGCCACUGUUUUGCAAUCAAAAAUAUACGACACAGAUCAGUCUGUAGAGGAGAUGGCAGAACGUCUUUUACCUCAUGUUUUGGAAAGGAGUAAGGGUCGCAGAGACUUCGUGAUCGUUGGAUAUUCAUAUGGAUCAAUAAUAGCUAUUGAACUUGCAAGGAGAUUAGAAGCCCAUGGCCUAGUCGGUCAUCUAAUUUUAAUUGAUGGAUCUCCUGAUUACAUGAGAGCCAUAAGGGAAAAUCAUUUCGAAGCUUCUACACAUGAGGAAUUGCAGGACAAAUUCUUGGUUGAUAUACUAAAUUUCUGCAAGUCACCUACCAUAGCAGAGUUCAAAUUGGAAUUGGACAACUGCACCACGUGGUAUGAAAAGUUAGAGAAAAUGGUUCAACACACACCCCCAGAAGUUCUUAAAGUUUACACCCCUGAAAAUCAGAAAACAUUUUCCACAUUCCUGUUCAAUCGUCUAUGUGCUAUAGAUAAAUAUAAUCCCACUUCUUUGCCACCUCUUAGAACACCUAUCACAUUAUUAAAACCAACAUUGCAAGCUGUGCAGCUUGAUGAUCAUUCUUAUGGUUGCAGUAAGUUAACAUAUGGAAAAGUGAACAUAUAUGUGGUCGAAGGUAAUCACAUUUCAAUGCUGGAUAAUAGUAAAGUCCCAGCAGCAAUUAAUGGCGAACCUUUAGAUGACAAUGAAACAUUUAAAAAUACUCUAAACAUUGUCUCCUCUGAGAUAAAUUUAGAAGGCAAAGGGGCCAAUUUCAUGGGUUUGUCAUAAUGAAACGUAAAUCACUCAACUUUCCCCAAAAGAGCAGGAGAUUGCACAUAUUUAAUUCUUUUUUUCAACAAUACCUAUCAUUCUUUUCUAUGUACCUUUCAUUCAUAACAAAUAAAUGAAAAACUCAAUAUUAAUAAAAUCUUGUCAUGUUUUUAUGCAAAAUCAACAUACAUCCGAAAACAUAUCAGAUUCAUUCGCGAUAAUCGAAAUGUCAUUCAUACAAUGAAUUGAAUUGUACUUCAUACGAUGGCCUUAACAUUACAUUGUAUACAUACAGUAUAGAAAUAAAACUACCAAGUU